AUUAAGGACACUAUCCUUGAAGCCCAAAUCGUAUAACUCCUCCAACCCAGCCCACUCUAGUAAGCUAAAAGCAAAACCCUAGAAAACACUCACCUCCUCUUAUAACCUAUUUCUCCCCAUUCCUCCGUAUCGAAUUGCUGACGGCCGCUUCACAUUUCCACCAGAGAAGAGUAAAGAUGAGCAAAGUCACCGGAGGCGCCGGAAAGGGGGGGAAGAAGAAGGGAGCGACGUUCGUGAUCGACUGCGGAAAGCCUGUGGAAGAUAAGAUCAUGGACAUCGCUUCUCUCGAGAAGUUUCUGCAGGAGAGAAUUAAGGUCGGCGGGAAAGCCGGAGCUCUCGGAGACUCCGUCACCGUCGUGCGUGAGAAGAGCAAGAUCACUGUCACCUCCGACAGUACCUUCUCCAAGAGGUAUUUGAAAUACUUGACAAAGAAGUACCUGAAGAAGAACAAUGUGAGGGAUUGGUUGAGGGUUAUUGCCUCCAACAAAGACCGAAAUGUUUACGAGUUGCGAUACUUUAACAUUGCUGAAAACGAAGGAGAAGAGGAGGAUUAAAUUGUUUGAUUUGGUUCUGUUGUCUCUCUCUUUUUUUUGAUGUAGAAGCCUCCUUUCUUGAUUUCUCUUGUUUGAAUGAUUACUAGAUGGAAUCUAUAUAUGUUCUUGGAUACCUUGCAACAUUGUUUACUAAUGAGGAACUACUUUACAUAUUUGUUAUUA